UUGCAGGUUGUAAUAUUCGUGCGAUCUGUGCAACGUUGUGGUGCUCUGCACACGUUACUUUCGGAGCAAAAUUUUCCAAGUAUAGCAAUACAUCGCAAUAUGCCGCAGGAGGAACGCCUUGCGCGUUAUCAGCAAUUUAAAGAUUUCCAGAAGCGUAUCCUGGUUGCAACGAACCUGUUCGGCCGAGGUAUGGAUAUUGAACGCGUGAAUAUUGUUUUCAACUACGAUAUGCCAGAAGAUUCGGAUACCUAUUUGCACAGAAAAGAAGCCCAUGGGCGUUUUCAGGUUGCUCGUGCUGGACGUUUUGGUACCAAAGGUUUGGCAAUAACAUUUGUAUCGGAUGAGAACGAUGCAAAAAUUCUAAAUGACGUACAGGAUCGAUUCGACGUGAAUGUGACUGAAUUGCCAGCCGAAAUUGAAGUGGCUUCUUACAUCGAAGGCCGAGCAAACUGA